UAUCUCCGUGUAGACGGCAAAGCUAGUACAUGAUCGGCUAGCGCAGUGUUCACGCUUUUUAUUACGCCACGUGGUUUAUUAAAUGUGAAUCGGUAUUGUUGAUGUAGGUUUUUUUAUACGUCAAAAUGCCAAAAUUAAGUGGUGAUCUUAAUUUAAAGUUUGUAGAAUUAUAUCACGAAGAAGAAUGUCUAUGGAAUGUCAGUAUUCCAUCGUAUAAAAAUAAAUCUAUGCGUGAUACAUCACUACAAAAAAUAUGUGCAGAAUUGAAUACAAUCGGCAUACAAAUGACAGUUAAUGAAGUAAAAAAUAAAAUUAAAAAUUUAAGAGCAACAUACUGUCAAAUGUCAACAAUUGAAAAAUCAACCAGGUCCGGUGCAGGUGCUAAUGAGGAGUAUAAACCUAAAUUGAGUUGGUUCGAGGAAAUGCAUAAUUUUAUAAAAAAUGUUCCAAUGAAAAGAAAAACAACC